UAUUAUGUGGGUAAUAGUAAUAAUGUUUGUAUGCUUAUAAAAAAUUCUCAUUAAAAAAUUAUAAGCAAUUUGUAGUUAGAACUAUUUCCUGUGUGGCCUCACUCCGAUUGGCUGACUGUCUCUCUACCGGAUGUUGAACUUCCGUUCCGCAAUGGCGGCGGCCAGUCGGAAAGUUAAUGCCGGUGCACACAAGGUUUGUCUUUUAACAACAAAUAGCGCAUUUUUAAAAACAAAUCUUCCUCUGGUUCGGGUUUUGGGGACAUGUCUCAGUCUGAGGAACAUGGACAAAAAUAAUAAGGAAGUUCCUCACACUGGGAAGCAGAUCUUUAAGACGUACUGCACCCUCCUUCAGCGUCGAACUGAGAGACAGCCGAGGUGUCCCGGUGCUCUGACCCGGAACCGGACCCACAGCAGCACCGGCUCUGUCCUUCACGCGAGUAAAACGGCGUAUUAUGACAUUCUGCGGAUCUCCCCGAACGCCACGCAGGCGCAGAUCAAGACCGCGUAUUACCGCCAGAGCUUUCAGUAUCAUCCGGACAGGAACGCGGGCAGCGACGAAGCCGUGCGCCGCUUCUCCGAGGUCAGUGAAGCCUACACGGUGCUCGGGAACGUCAGCCUCAGGAGGAAGUAUGAUCGCGGUUCCCUGAGCUUAGCGGACGUCCAAAAAGCCGGGAAACCCUCUCGGAGAGACACGACACAUCCCCCGAACCCUGAUCUGCAGCACUGGAAGCAGCAGCAGCAACAAUGGAAACGCUUCCGGUCUUCAGGGGGGAAACCCAUGUUCGACUUUGACACAUUUUAUCGAGCGCAUUAUGGCGAGCAGCUGGAGAGAGAGCAGAACCUGCGCCGCUGGAGAGAGUGGAGGAAACAGGCCCAGCAAGAAGAUUUCCGGAAAUGGAAACUAGAGAAAGGGACCGAGAUGGCCGUGGGAGCACUGCUGACUUUAGGGGUUGUUCUCCUGUUCAGUUUGAAGUCAUAGUAGUAUGACGUCAUAACCCUAACACAGCAGUAUGACGUCAUAACCCUAGCACAAUAUUAUGACGUCAUAACACUAACGCAAAAUUAACUUCUUUAGUAAUUUAAGCUAUAAGGGUUAGUCUGCUGAUCGGACCACACAGGUCAGUCUUCUCUCAAUGAGCCCUGGCAACCCAUGACUCUGGCAACCCAUGACUCUGGCAACCCAUGACCCUGUCACCGGUUCACCUUCCUUGGAGCACUUUAGAUAGACACUGACCACUGCAGACUGGGAACAUUCUACAAGAGCUGCAGUUUUGGAGAUGCUCUGACUCAGUCGUCUAGACGUCACAUUUUAUCUUUUGUCAAACAAAUCCUUAUGUUUGAUGAAGAAAUAUUCACCGCUCAUAAUGUUAUAAUGUCAUAAUGUUAUACCUGGUCUGAGAGAUCAGGUCGAAUCCAGAUCUAUAUUGCUAUUCUUUUAAAGAGUUUGUGCAGUCAGGUGAAAAAUAAACAACCUAAAUCUAAAAAUAUUAUUAUUUGUCCUAAAAAAGACAUUACUGGUCAGGAAGUGAGCAAGAAUGGAACCAGUACUGAGGAUUUCUUCUUGGUCUGGUAAUCCUGGGUCUGUUUAUGAGCUUGGUAACGGGUCCUUGAUGGCAUUUGUGGCAGAGAACCAAAUAACAAUGUUAGAAGAAGCAGUAUGUUUACACUGGACGUUUUAAUCAUUGCCUUGAUUUUUAUCUUUGCGUACAAGAAGACUGUAGAAGUGAAUUUCCCAGUUUAUAGCUUUUACCAAAUCUCAGGAGUGCAUUUGCUUAAUUCUUGAUUCAUUCUUCACUAAUGAUUUGUUGUCAAGAUUAGUAGAAGCUUCAUAUUUCUCUAUUUUAUAUUGAUUGCAGCACUUUAGCCCAGCCAUUAUGGUCGCACAAGCAGUUGCAAAAGAGUAGAGCUGGUGACGUUGGAUGAGUUUAAACACCUGGAGGAAAAUGUGUAACGUGAUGGGGAGUGUGUUAGAGAAGUGAAGAAAAACCACCAGGAAGGAGGAAGAAGAAGAAGGUCAAAAGGGUUUAUGGAUGUGGUGAGAGAAGACAUGCAGGUAGAUGGUUUGAAAGAAGCAGAUGUAGAGGACAGAGUGAUUUGAAAAUGAACGAUCUGCUGUGGCGAUCCCGGGAGCAGCCAAAAGAAGAAGAUGCUCAUCGUAUCACUUUCAUCGCAGCACCACAAGCAACGAUCAUUUUUAAUUAUUAGGAUAAGAAUAACAGUUAUUUUUAUCCAUUUUUAUUUAUACUUAAUCAUGUUAUUUAUAAAUAAUUGUAGCAUUUGUAAAAAAAAAAAAAAAAAAAAAAAAAUGUUUUGGGCCUGUGUAAUGAAUCAAAUGCCCACUAGAUGGCAGAAUAUGGAAGGAAUAAGGACCCAUGCGUCCACCCUACACUGUUGGUCCACCUGUGUAAAAAAAAACAAAAAAAAAAAGACAACAGAGAAACGUGUAAACGCCAUCAGCUCACUUCACGCCCAGUUUAGGUCCAAAUGCAAUGUGUUUAAUUGUAUGUUAUAAAUAGAUGUAUUUAUUAAUCCUGUUCUUUUUUUUAAUCUGAUUAGCCAGAAGACGUCGAGUCACUUCAUGACAGAAGUCCUGGCUGCAAAUCACCAUGCUGGGUUUACCACCAUGCUCUCCUUCUAUAAGUUUAAUUCUUGUUCAUUGAGUAUUCAUUAAAGGAGUUUCAAAUGA